UCAUGUAGCACAUCGGGCGAGUGGACGUUACAAGCUCGCGAUCACUUGUUCGACUGGCCAUUAGGAUUUAGAGUUACAGUGGAAGGUGCAGGGAGAGGGCGAGAAAAGGCGAGAAGAAUUUUUUUACUUUCCCUUCGCUCACCCCUUUGUACAAAUUUUUUUCUGUCCCUAGCUUACCGCUGCUGUAUUUAUCAACGAUGGCAGCCAUCAUUUUCACUAGGAAAAUACUAAGAAAGCGCUUGCCAAAAUUACGGCUACUCAGCAGGUUAGAUCAGAAAGCAGAUGCUCACCAAUUUCAAGAUGUGGAUCCACAGUACAAGCUGUUUUCCAUCUCUCAUAUUGAUCACAUUGUGCUAACAGUUAAAAAUAUAGAGGCUACAGUCAAAUUUUACACUCAAGUUCUCGGUAUGGAGGAGGUUACAUUUGGUCAAGGUAGGAAAGCUCUUGGAUUUGGAAAUCAGAAAUUCAAUUUGCACCAAAAAAGGAAGGAGUUUGAACCAAAAGCUGCAAACCCAACACCUGGUUCAAUUGACAUUUGCCUAAUUACAAACACACCGAUAUCAAGUGUUGUCACACACCUGAGAAAUCUAGAUGUAAAGAUCGAGGAAGGACCUGUGCAGAGGACUGGUGCCCAAGGACCAAUUACAUCCAUUUACUUAAGGGAUCCUGAUAGUAACCUUAUUGAGGUGUCUAAUUACAAUAAUAACCAUUGAGCAGACAGGGGAGGGUCCUGAGAAAUAAAAAAUCAGCUUUCUAUUAACUGUUUUGUUAGAAGACUUUUAAAGGGGCUUUAAGUUUGGUCUGUCUGCCUCCAUGAGAAUUUCUCACUGCUGUUUUCUUACUUUCUUUAAAGAAAUUACCAUCCAGCCAUUUCAUACUUCUCAUCCCCCUCUGAAUUCACCUUUGCCCCUUUUUGGGGUGGUCCUAUAUUUUUUUUCCUGGUUAAAAAGGGGUACAUUUCUAAAGAUACUGUGGUGCUGCGUCAGUGGGAGUAGUACAAGAUAAUAAUUUGGUUUCAUCAACUGAGUUCAUAAUGUGAACUGGCCACUGCCAAGUGUUUCUAAAGCUAUAUUCUUUCUCUGAAUUUUUAUACUAGUUAAAAGAGAUUCCUUGGCCUUGUUGGUCUUAAUGAUAGGUAAAUUUAGGUUUAGCAGUUUGGAGCUUUCAAAGAACACUUGGUAUCUUCUGAAACAGUUAUUUUUCUGGCUUGAUAUCAGGGUGAAAUCUGGCUCUAGCAAAUGCUCACACAACUGGCCUCUCACCUAUCUACUUCAUUGAAAAAAUGAGAGAGAUUAGAUUAAGGCUUGUUGAGGCUGGUAACAAUUUUAUGCUGGAAGUCUUUUGAGUGUUUGCCAUUUUUAAUGAAGUAGUUCAUCAACUUUUAAUUUCCAGUUAGAGAUAUAAAUAUUUUAUUCAGAUAUAAAACUGGGUAGAGUGUAUUUCAAGCAGUUGCUUAAUGUGCAAAAUGCAACAUGGGUAGUGUAAGAAAUUUUAUCUGCAAGUUUUUUUUAUGAGUGAAAUAAAAUAUAUAAAACUACAGAGAUGUAAGACAUUUUAUUACACGA